CUGACCGUUUCCUAUCUUGUUUGGACCGAGGGGCUAGAGAAGCAGGGGGAAGGGGAGGAGGGAGAGGAUAAUGAGCUAUUCUUGUACCAGCGUAGGCAACCGCCAGGACCCAUCGAGCUCACAGCAGUGCGGCGGUGGCGGCGGUUGCGUUAAUCCGGCCACUGUGAACGGCAGCAGCAGCGCCAGCAGCCCCGACAGCACUCCCAGCAACCCAGAUCCAGUCGAGGCUAUGAAAGUCAAGAAGGGCUGCAACACCGCCGACCUGGGGGUCCCUGUUACCACCGAGGAGGAGCUGCUUGGAAACACCAUCAUCACUCCGGAGGACGUGCUGGGUUUGCAGAAGAUCACGCAAAAUUAUCUGUGCAGUCCAGAAGACAAUGUGUACAGCAUUGAUUUUACACGCUUUAAGAUAAGAGACAUGGAGACAGGGACAGUGCUGUUCGAGAUUAAAAAGCCUCCAGCAACUGACAAAAGGGGAGAAAAAAGAGACAUUGACCCUGAUGCUGGUCGUUUUGUGCGUUACCAGUUCACACCUGCAUUUCUGCAACUACGCCAGGUUGGAGCCACUGUUGAGUUCACUGUUGGUGAUAUUCCCAUCAAUAAUUUUCGUAUGAUUGAGAGGCACUACUUCCGUAACCAGUUGCUGAAGAGUUUUGACUUUGAGUUUGGCUUCUGCAUCCCGAGUAGCAAGAACACCUGCGAGCACAUCUACGAGUUUCCUCCACUCUCAGAGGAGAUCAUGCGUGAGAUGAUCCUACACCCAUACGAGACACAGUCCGACAGCUUCUACUUUGUGGACAACAAACUUGUCAUGCACAACAAGGCAGACUACUCUUACAGCGGAGGGCCAUAGGAUGGAUGCUUUCAGAGUGGGCUGACACAGGGGGACGGGUAGAUUGGCUGACAGAAGACCCGGCUCAGAUGUGUUUGUGUGCACCGGUCAUACUGUCCCUGAGUGCAUGUCAACUGUCGACUGCCUGCCGAACAUUAUUGCCUGUUUGUGUGAGACGAAGCAGUAAUAAAUCAUUGUGAUUUUUCACACAUAUACAUAUCAACAAAUAAACAUACAGUCAGCUCCAAAAUUAUUUUUUGCUUGGCAAAGAUGGGUAGAAAAAACAAUAGCUAAGGUUAAAAAGGGGGCACAAGUGAAUUUAACUCUUAUGAACAGUGUGGUGGAUGGUUAGAGGCAAAACUUUCUCUAAGGAUUCUCCAAGGAUUCCAGCUGGAAAAAAUGGCAGCAUUUUGAAGUCGCCUGGUGUCUAAAUCUGCAGUUAGAUUUCAUAUCCAUACUGUAAACAGUUUGGAGGUUGUGCCAGAGAAAAGGUUUAAUUUUCACUUAACACCUAUGUAAGCAACUGGUUCAUUAGAUGACCUAAAUUUGACACUGAGCAGGUACCAUGGUCAGACAACACAACAAUCUAUGAUGCUUUGGGGCUUUUUUGGUGACAGCAUUGAAAAGUUUGUCAAGAUACAUAAGAAAAUCAGACUGCCACUGACAUCAGACUUAAACUGGAUCAUGGCUGGACCUUGACAGUGAUUAAAUCUACAUAGUUUUGUAGUUGACAACAUUUCUCACAACACACCAGCAGGAAUUUGUAUGUGAAUACUUUUAUUUAGGAAAAUAAUCUUAACUUUAGGGAACAUAUUUUGGAUCAGGUGGAGUCAGAUUCUGUCUCACUUUACAGGGUUCAAUAUCGGAAUGUCACUUGUUUGCAGAAUUUAUAAUGAGGGCUAUAUGCUUGACUGCUCCACUGUGCAGAUGUGUGUGAGGGGGUGAGAAGGUAGGAGGGUUAAGGGUGUGUGUGUGUGUGUGUUUGAGUAAUGAUUCACUCUGUGACUGACUGAUGAUUGUUUACUUGUGUGUAUUUAAAUGUAUAUUGCACUGAAAAGAGAUACAAUUGUAAUUAAGGUUCUCUCAGUAAUUACAAGGUGGAUAAUAAGAUUUCAUUCCUGUACUUUUGUAAUGUUGAAAUGUAAAAAUAUUGACUGGAAUAUUUGAUACAUUAGGUCUGUAUUUGUGUUUCAUUAAACAUUUUUGAUAGGAUUAAUGCAUUAUUUAAGACCAACUGUUUUCUGUUUUAUGACUGUUUCUUGUGUCUUGUGUACAAAGUGAGGUUUAUAAACAAAUAGCUUGGCUGGUUUGGUACAGAGGAAACUGACUAUGCUUUGUGGUGAAUUGGGAUGCUGAAUGCAAGCCAGACCGUACAAACACAGACAACAAACACCACCUCACUAUGUUUCAAAUUGAAAUUUGGAAAUUAUUGUUUCAAAAUCAUGUUAUCAUGUUAAAAUGAAAGAGUGGGAGUAACAACACAGAGUGACAACUAAAUAUGAAUGCCUUUGACUUUAGAAUCAAAUGCUUUUACAAGCACAUAUGAAUCCAAUGAUUUGGUGUCCAAAUACUUUUGGCCAAGUAGUGUUUAGUACAUAAUCUGUCUCACAGAACACAAGGCAUUUUUUUAUUUUGUACUUUUCAAAUAAAAAAUGAGCAUUUAUUUUCUUACCUGUUCAGUUGAGCAAGGUUUUAGAGUACAGAACAAAGUAGAGCUACUGUUUAUCCAAGGACUUGUUGUAUUCAAUCUGUUUAGAAAACUAAUUUUACAAUAAUUUCUAUUUAAUUAAGUUAAAUAAUUAUUUGAGUUAAAACCUAAAAGCUUUAUUUAUUAUUGUAAUUUGUUGCACAUGAUUAAAAAAAAUGUAAAGUUUUAAACACUGUUGGUCUAUAAUGAAAGAUAAAUAAAAUAUAUAUGUGAAUUGUUUAAUGUUUGUCAAUAUAUUUAUUUGUUUUAGGCACCCUUUUCGAAUUCAUCAGCUCAGGGG